UUUUCUAAGGAUGUUGUCUUCAAAAAACACUACAAUGAUUCUCCUGAAGUCUUGGUGUGUGCAAACCAUACAACGAGCGGAGGAAACCUUAAUCCAUUGUACAACUCCAUAUCAGCUUGGGCUGAGGUUAGAUAUUACUUUAAAAUGAAAGAGCGAUUUUUCAAUCAAUGAGCGUUAUAAAUUUUGGUUUUAUAUUUUUCUUAACAAGGUCUUUCCAUAGGUGCGUCGCGGUGUAGGAAGUGAGUUAUGUGAGUUUAUGAAUUUUAUAAGUUGCCUCCCUUGCCCUCUGCUAUGGGGUUGCAGCUGUAUGAUAGCAGCAGGUGUCAAUAAAACGCGGAUGCGCAGACGGUGUGCAUUGUUUUUCUUUCUUAUUUUCUUCCGUUUUCUCCUAAACAAAACAGAAAACAGAAAAUGAAACAAGUGACCAAGACAAACCAGCAAACAAAAAGACAGUGGAACCCGAUCCCGAUGGCGAAUUGGCAUUUUACUAACAAUUUAUACUUUAGGGCAUAGGGGAUGUCAAUACGAGCGUUUUUGACUCUGGCCGACAAUGAAGCGACAGCUUUUAGCAGCCAGUUCUCUCUGAUUACUCCUUCUUUUCUCGGUCAGUACAUAAACAAGACCGGUUUUAGAGCCUGCGUGAAGGAGCUGUUUGUACAACAACAUGAUCCUCUGUCAGUAUCAUAUGCAGUCUUACCAGGUGAGAAAGCAUUGAAAUUCGGUUAUGAUGUCAUUCGGCACUGUGCUGAUGACUAAUUAUGAAAUUAUCUUUAAUGCAUUGUAGACCUACUUGUCAUGUUAUAACCCAGUCGAGCAGACGGGCGAUCUUUUCUUUUCUUAUUUCUUUUUUUGGGGGGGCAUAUAGCCACUGCAAGCUACAAAACUCCCUUGUUUUUGUGAGGGUAGUCAGUUUAUUUGGUUCUUUCUUUAGAGCUGGAGAGAAGACUUAUUUCUUAAUUUAUUGCCAUUCAUUUUUGUGUUCUGAAGAUGUUUGUCCACCCGGAUGGAGCUUCUACAACGGUUCCUGUUACUUUAGAAGCAAAACAUGUGAGACAUGGACCAACGCAAGUUUCAUCUGCCGAUCAAUGGGAGCUAAUCUACCUGCCAUUGAAAGCCAGGAAGAAAACGUCUAUAUUCAGCACAGGCACAAUGGUGAUAAGGCUUGGAUUGGUUUGAAUGAUAUUGCCACUGAAGGAGUGUUCGCUUGGGUGGAUGGCUGUCCUUUUAAAUUCCGCUACUGGGCGAAGAAUCAACCAAACAAUUUCAGAGAAGAAGAUUGUGUUCACACCUUUGGACCAAGGCAUGGGUACAUGUGGAAUGAUGUGGAUUGUUCUACUUGCCACCAAUACACUUGCAAGAAAGGUAUGUGAAAUGUUUUUCUACCACGAAUGCCAGUUGCAUACAAACGUCGUUUUAGUCCAGUAGCCGAGGUCCGAAAACGGCCGUUUUGUUCAGCCCACGGGUCAAAAUGUUUGAUACCGGCCUUUGGUAGAACAAGACGUCCUGAUUAUUGCCUAAUAAUUUGUAAGGUCGAUUUGUUGUAUAGGUUUCGAGUAAACGGCGUUUUUAUGCCACGCACCCCUCGGUCUAGAAUGAAAACGAGGCUGGAGUCUGAAUCAUUAUUUACCUCCUAAUUCUUUGUUGGGGAUAAGCACAGAUUUCUUCGACUCAAACGAGAUAAAAACUAAAACAAAAAUACAAAACAUGUAGGUAGAGAGCAAAAUAGAACUGAAAAACGAACCAAAUACUUACAAGUUCUGUGCUCUCUCUACCAUACAAACGACGUAACAACUAUCACAGAUCAACACACUAGUCACAUGGAAAAAGAAGUCACGUGACCAGUGCUCAGGUCCCUAUCAAAAAAACCUAACAGUUUUCGGAUAAUUUUCAUGUCCGAUUUUUAAAUUAGAUUUGUCCCGAACAUCCCGGCCGCGUUGGGGCGAUCGCAUAGAACGUCCCAACAGUUAAACUCAGCAUCUACACCGCAUCUACUUCUUUUACAUCGUUCUCAAGCAAGCACCACUUCUGUAUAGGACGAACAUAGACAGCAUCCUUGGUCUUGACCUUCACAGUCCGUACUAGACCAUCUGCACCCGGGUACGUCUCCAACACUCUACCGAGAUUCCAAUGCCCUCUAGGGGUGUUGUCGUUAACAAGAAGAACCAAGGCGUCGGGUUUGAUAUUAGGCAGCACUCUUCGCCAUUUACCUCGUUGUUGGAGGGUUGGGAUGUACUCCUUCAACCACCUUUCCCAAAACAAAUUAGCCAAAAAUUGAACCUGCCUCCACUUCUUUCUGUAAAUGUCAGUCUUCUCAAAGACUCCAGGAGGCAAACAGAUGAUCUUCCUCUGCAUCAAUAGGUGGGCCGGUGUUAGCGGUUCGAGAUCGUUCGGAUCGUCCGAGUUCGCUGUGAGGGCUCUUCCGUUAAGGAUACGCUCAACCUCAGUAACGAGUGUUCGUAGAACCACAUCUGUCACAGUUUGCGCCCCCAAAAUGGACUUUAAGACUGUCUUUGCACUUCGAACCAUACGUUCCCACACGCCAGACAUACUUGUUGCAGUCGGGGGUUGAAAUAUCCAUUUACAGCCUCGUUGUAUCAGCUCUCUCUCUAUCUGCCCUUGGUUCCAUUCCUGGAGACUCUUCUUCAAUUCUCGUUCGGACCCAACGAAGUCAGAACCGUUGUCACAUCGUAACUCUUUCACGUCUCCCCUUCGAUUUAUAAAACGCCUUAAACACAUGAUGAACUCAUCAGUAUCCAUAGAAUUAACCACUUCAAGAUGCACGCUACGGGUGGUCAAACAGGUAAACAAGCAACACCACCGUUUCGCGGUCCCUCGGCCAUGUUUCACAUAAAUCGGGCCAAAGAGGGCCAUACCAGUGAACGAAAACGCAACCUCGUCCCCAGGGCUUUUCCCUUAAAUGGGUGGGGCGGGAAAAGGCCCUGGCAUCGGCUGGUCACGUGCACAGCCUAAAUAUUCCUGAGAAGCCAAUUUAUAUGCAACCCGCUGGUUUUGCGCUGACAGAAGUCGAACGGAGCAACAAUGGAAAAUAAUAAUAUCGCGAACUGUAUGUCAAUAUUUUCGCGUCUGGGCGAUUCAAAAGCUUAAGAUCCAUUUAAUUGCGUAUUAUUCAAAUGCUACAAGAACCGGCUCUACGUUGUCACGUACAAAAUAUGUCAAAUGCUUCAGAGUUGAGACAAGCUGUUAUCGAGUAGUACUUCGACUGAAAUUCAUCGUGACUGUGGAAUUACUGUACGAUCAAGCAGAAAGUGAUUUUGUCCAAUGUCAAACAAAAAUGCGGGCCUUUGCCUCUAGGAUCUGCAGUGAAUUUAAACAAAUUGGACUUAACUGAAAUAGAAUUGUUCAUCAAAAUACUUUAUGAUGGAGUCUGGUCUUCUCUACAACUCGACCAUGAAACAAACAAAUCUCCGCGCCGGAUGCAAGUCAGCCCUCCAGCCAGGAACGAUGACAGGUCGCCGAUCUGAAACAUUUUAAGAUCUCUUAUAUCUUUUCUCUUCCGAGGAUAAGUACAAAGGAUUUUCCUUAUAUCAAAGGGAAGAUUGACCGAUCGAUUGGAAUCAACUACAGCUCUGUCAAUUUUAAAUGGACCCAAGUCUUUUUUUGUUACCAGUCGUUUGAUACCCUGGGUGCCAGAAACUUUUCAUGCGCGGUUUCCGGUUUCGGUCAAGUCUCGCAGAGGUCAAUGAAUUUUUAAAAAGACAGAUCAUACAAGAUAAGUCUAAACCAACGCGUGACGCUAUGAUAUGGCUGAGAGUUAAGUUGAAUAGAACUAGGUUGUGUACGGCGGUCCACUUCGCAAGAAAUAAAAUAAAAUAUCAAAAGAGUCGAGAAAACGGACUUUUGCAGUACAAACUUUAUGCAUGUACGAUAGCUUGUUUGUCAUUUAUAUCGCUCUAUAAAGGAAGUUUUACAAAUGUUACCGCUCGCUGUCCCCUUCAUGGAAAUCGGAGGAAAGCAAAAAAUUACCAUAGCCAGUAUCUGUGACAAAAAAGAAAUCUUGUAAAACUUUUCGUUAAUCGUCAAGAGAUAUAAAAGGCCGCCCAAGAUCGCGCGCUGUGAGGUUACGCAUAAUUUUAGCUUUUCACAUAGCGCUAAUUUAUUACACCCAGGAUUUUAGGGUGUACGAGGGGACACGUGACCAGCCGAUGCCAGGGCCUUUUCCCGCCCCACCCAUUUUUUAAGGGAAAAGCCCUGGGGACGAGGUUGAACGAAAACGGUGGCUCAUAGGCUGUAAGUCGACAUGUGGGUAAGGGUGCCAUCUGCUGGGUCAUAGGUUUGGCGUUAAGUUUCUUGCAGGUAAGGCAUCGAUUAAGGACCGAUCUAACCAAUACACGCACUUGAGGGAUCCAGAAAUCUUCCCGCAACUUUGCAAUAACAUGUUCCCGUCCCAAGUGACCAAUAAGGUGGUGAACGUGACGUACAACCACCGGAUGAUCUCUGGGAAAAAUCAUUUGUUGGCCGAGUGUACAGGAGGUCGGCUUGAGCUGACCACGGCCAUUAACUCUCAGGAUUCCGCCUUCGUCAAGUUUGGGAUUCAAUGACGCAACCUUGCUUGACGGCUUGACCGCACCGUUAGACUUCAAAUCUUUAAUCUCCUGUGCAUACGCCAAUCCUUGGACAAUCCUCACAAUUGCUGCAGUUGCCGCGUCAAAAUCGUCAACACUGAGACGUCCAGUUUUGGCGUUCUGUUUGUCCUUAACAAAUUGUACAAAACGCAGCAGCCAGGCCAUUCUGCGCCUGAGGCGGGACCAAUCUGAACAGGUAGUUAAUAACACUCGGAGGGGCGGUUCUUCACAGCUUUCGACGGCCGUAGGCCUUGUAUCUUCCUUCUUCGUCACGGACGGAUUAGGGGAAAGUUGGACAGAGUGCACGAGAGCUUCCUUCUUUAACUCCAGACCUUCAUCGGGUACGAAUUGGCACUUGUCUGUGGGCCAACAAGUUUCCGGCUCCCACAAGAAGUCAGGUCCACUAAGCCACCUAUGGUCAGCAGUUAGCGAAGACGGGCUUAUUCCUCGGGACACAUAGUCUGCCGGGUUUAAGGAUCCUGGCACAUGAUGCCAAUCCUCUACAAGUGUGUGCUCCUUUAUUUCUUCCACUCUGUUAGCUACAAAGGUCUGAAGUCUUCGUUUCUCGUUUCUCAGAUAGUGCAGCACUAUUUCACUAUCAGUCCAAGAUACGUCUUGGAAAUGUUCAGUUAAGUUCCUCUCGCAACAUCUUAAACAUCCGGGUUGCGAGUACAGCUGCUUGCAAUUCCAGUCUUGGAAUACUAACAAAUUUCACAGGUGCAUUUCUGGCCUUACCAAUAAUGAAGGCGCAAUGAACUCGUCCAUCGGGGUACUCGCUUCGCAGAUAUGAUGAUGCGCCGUAACCAAUCUCUGACGCAUCUGAAAACACAUGAAGCUGUAACUUGCAUUGACGCGGGUCACCGUCCGACAGGAAAUAGGACCGAGGGAUGGACAACUCGGACAACAAGGGUAACUCAGUGUUCCAUGCUCGCCACUUAGACAGAAAUUCUUCGCUCAGGGGCUCAUCCCAUCCUAUGUUAGCCUUCCAUAGGUCUUGAAUCAGGCGUCUUGCAGACAAAGCCACUGGUGCUGCGAAACCCAGAGGAUCAAACAAUGAACAAACAGUGGAGAGUAUACCGCGCUUUGUUUCAGGGCGAACUAGGCUUCUUAUUUCGAACCCCAACGUAUCAUCUCCAACAGACCAACAUACUCCGAGUGCACGCUCUAUAGGUAGCUCGUCCAGGUCAAGGUUUAGAUCUGGCUUAGAUCGCUUAUCAUUUGGGACAGCACUUAGUAGUCUCUUGGAGUUCGACGUAAACUUGGUCAAGUUAAAUCCGCCUCGAGCGAGCAGUUCUACCAUGUCAUGGGCUAGGCGAAUUGCGCACUGUUCAUCAAUCUCAGAGGGAAGAGCAUCGUCAACAUAGAAAUUUCUUUUCACAGCUGCAAUAACACUAGAGCUGUGCUCUUCGGCAUUGUCGUCGGCCACACGGCGCAAAGUGGAGUUUGCAAUACAGGGGGAGGAAGCCGCUCCGAAAAUAUGCACUUGCAUGACGUAUGUAUCAGGGGGAUUAUCAUAUCCAUUUGUCCACCACAGGAACCUCAAGGAAUCCUGGUCUUCCUCACGCACACGUAUCUGAUGAAACAUCUUUUCGAUGUCGGCAGCGAACGCUAUUUUUCCCUGGCGGAAACGUAGGAGAACACCAACCAAGUUGUUGGCUACAUCUGGUCCAGUCAGCAAGUUAAGCGAAGUUCCCUUGCAUUCAUCUGCUGCAUCGAACACAAUGCACACCUUGCCUGGUUUGGUAGGACUGGUUACAGGGUGAUGCGGAAGAUACCAAUGUGUUUUAGACUCUUUGUUUAACGCUUCUUCUGACAACUUGCGAGCGAACCCACUGCUGAUAUAACUAUCCAUAACUUCGCGGUACUUAACGGCCAUUUCUUCGUUGCCAGGUUUCGUAAGACGGCGUCUCAGGCACUCUAGACGGUGCUUGGCCAUGGCUACAUUAUUCGGAAACUGGCGUUCUUUCUCCUUCCACAGCAUACCGACUUCAUACCGACCGUCCACGCAGCGGGUGGUGUUCUCAAUUAUCUUCAAGGCUAUUUUGUCUUCCACCGAGAGGGGUUUCUCAUUUGAUUUCAGUGUCCCGUAAUCCUCCAGAUUCCAAAAUUUUUCAAUGAGAGAACGCGGUUCAGGGUCAAUCGAGACAAAGUUUGCUGAAACCCCUUGACGACAAUUGGCACCAUAAGGACCGCAAACGCACCAGCCCAAGGGAUAACGACAGCCAUAGAGCCCUUUCUUCUUAUCUUCAGGGACUCUAACUUCCUUCUGUAAAUGUGCAUAGGGAAUAUUGUUUCCAACAAGUAUAGAGACUCUCUUGAUGGCAACCUCCGGGAACUCCACAUCACGUAAGUGCGGGUACUCAAUAGUGUCAAUCUGCUCCGGAAGAGUACAGCGCGACUAGUUGAGGUUAGGCAGGACAUAGGCCUCCGAAACGUCAAUACUCUCCCCGGAAGUAUCCACCGAAGUCAAGGUAAAGGACACACGUUUCGACUCUACCACAUUGUCACUACUUGAAAUCGUGUUAAUUCCGAUUUGCACGGGCGUUCCUUGAAUACCAAGGUGAUCAACUAAAUCUUGUUCAAUGAGGGUGUCAGAGCAGCCACUGUCUAAGAAGGCGUAAGUGGAUACAGUUUUACCAUUCUCAACAGAUAUAACAACAGGUAUAACGUUCAACAGCACUUUCGCUUGCACAGUCGCAACGGCAGCGGACGAUAUUGGCACCUUUCCCACAGACUUGUUAGACUUGUCUCCGCUCGCGGCUGGAGUGACAUUUCCCCUUUCGCUGUUUGGGGAUUAAGGCGUCGCCAAUGGCUUGUCAGACUUAUCACUAGACUCUCUAUUAUUCCGUGGGAUGAAGCGACGACCACCAUAAUUACUUUCAGAGUGCAGAAGAGGAAUGUGUCGACCGGAACAUACUGAACAUGCUGGUGGGUCCGGACAAGAAGCGUGUCCGGGCCUUUCAAGACCACAAUUAAAACAAAAUCCACAGGAUGCCGCAUACUGUCUUCGCACUGCCACGUGUUUGCACUGUUUGAUAAUAGGGCAUUCUUGGAGUUUGUGACGCUUACUUGAUUUGCAAAUUCCGCAGUGUUCAGUGUUCUCAGAAGCAGGAGUUUUAUGAUCAACGCCGGUAGUACUGAUUGUGGUGUUCUUUACUGGAAGCUUUGGAGGAAGUUUGGUAUUCUUGUUUUCCCGUUUAAAUGUCUGCAACCCGAACACCGGGUCAUUUUCUGAUAGACGCUUGUUUGUGCACAAAAUCAGCGACGUCCUUUAAUCGAGCGGAUCUUCCGGACUUCACGAGCUCGUAGUUCACGGUUUGCCACUUCAGGAUUAAGUCAUUAGAUAAACGGUUCACGAUGCGCCUGAGGUUCGUCGCUACGCUCGCCUCGCGUUCUACGUCUCCCUUGAGGAUCCUGGUGGCUGCAUUUAAGUUCUCAGAGAAAUUGAGAAGACCAGCAUUGUUGCCGUACGCCAACUUGGGGCCAGAUGCGAGCUCUUCCACACAUGCUUGCGUCACUCUCACCGCUUGGCCAAAACGUUCCUCCAACGUUUUCAUAAUCUCGUUAAACGUACAACCUCUAUUACGCUUCACAACCUCUAACGCUUCUCCCGCCACGAAUUUAGGCAGAUAGUCCACUUGCUGGGCAUCAGUGAGCAGGUCGCUUUCGAGGUGCGUACGAACUUGUUCACGAAAAAAGGGGAACUCGGCUGGAUUACCACUGAACUGUGUCGGCUUUAUUCCGCUAAGAUAUUGUGCUUUCCACAUUGCGACAACAUGAUCACGGGGAGCCUGGUCCGUGCUGGAGACGGUCUGCGACCUCCCGAAGUUAACACGUUCAGGGGACUGGGUCGAGUUAAUCCCCGCAGAGGAAGUGGUGGUGUUUAAUCCCUUCACAGACGAUUCAUUGUGGCUCAACAUAGUGUCUGACGGUCUUGAAACUGCUGGAUACUUUGGCUCCGUUGAUUGAGGUGUUCCAAUGGAUAUCACAUACACGGCACUCGGUUGACUGUUAAACCCAUCUCUAGAAACAUACUCAGACGUAACUGGGUUGGAGUGUGAUUGCUUGUUAACAAUAAACGUAGAAGUGUUCAAGGCACUAGGCACAACAGGGGGGAGUUUACUUUCAGUCAAGUUAUCCAUUUCAAUUUUCCAUUCAAGCUCAGCCAAUGUUGCUUCCUCUUCAAGGCGCCUAAGUUCCAUCCUUUGCUUAUAUUCAUGAGCCACUCUUGCUGCUUGUGCAUCUUCCUUUGCCCUAGCUCUUGCUAAGUCUAGUUUCAUUUUAGACACCAGUGCCCUCUUUAGUGAUUUCUUCUGUGAGGAAACUGAUGAUGCCUCAGAAUGUUUGGUAACAUGAGUAGCAACGCUGAGCACUGACUUAUUGUCAUCUCGUUUCGGAUCCCAGACUGGUAGUCCGCGGUCCAUUCCAAGUUCGUCAUGCCGGGGGUCUGGUCUUCUAAACAAACCCUCACACUCAUUGAUAAUAUCGUCCACUUCACGUUUCAGAGUAGAAUAACGUUCUUGUACAUGUUCUAAGCGUUUUCUCUCGUUAAUUCCUGCAAGGUACCUCCCAUGAAGUCCCUCGAGCCUGUCCCAUUUUUCCAAGAGCAAGUCAACAGAUUUCUUAGCUUCCUCUGGACUCAGUGUUACAUGAAUUUCAGACUGAAUUUCUUUCAAUAAACUGUCUAUUUCCUUGCUAAUAUUUGACCACUGCGUUGCCGUACUCCUCUGGUCCCGUGAGUCCCUUUUCCGAUCCGAUUCCAAAAAUUCAACGCGAGUAGUCGGCGGGGGCCUGGGACGAAAAUGAUAGCCAUCGCCUUCCCGCGAAGCGCUCAAUGGCUGUGAAAACACAUUCGUAGAAACACAAGAAGGUAAAGAAAUAUCGCUCCGAGUUGAAACCACAGGUAACUGAAUCGAAAAAUUGGGCAAUCCACGAUCCAUUCCAGACCCAGCGUAAUCCAAACUUAUACCACGACCACUGUCGAAGCCAACGUUCAAUCUAUUCGAAGCAUCCAUCGAUCACACUUGAAAACAUGCAAUUCCAAUAGGACUUUUUUCACUGAUGUUGGGGAUAAGCACAGAUUUCUUCGACUCAAACGAGAUGAAAACUAAAACAAAAAUACAAAACAUGUAGGUAGAGAGCAAAAUAGAACUGAAAAACGAACCAAAUACUUACAAGUUCUGGGCUCUCUCUACCAUACAAACAACGCAACAACUAUCACAGAUCAACACACUAGUCACAUGGAAAAAGAAGUCACGUGACCAGUGCUCAGGUCCCUAUCAAAAAAACCUAACAGUUUUCGGAUAAUUUUCAUGUCCGAUUUUUAAAUUAGAUUUGUCCCGAACAUUCUUUAAUUAAAAAGCGCUAAAAAAUGGUAACUUAGUUUUAAAUGUUCAAUAUGACAAAGGAAUUAUUAUAUUUUCAAGUCAAAAUUGUCACGUGACUGAUCGCGUAACUUGCACAAGGACAAAUUAUUUGCUUGAAAUAAAGGAAAAUCGCGCAUUUCCUGUUUUUGCUUUUUCUUUCUAAGAACCAGUUUUAAAUAUCUGUGCUUUGCUUAGUAUUAGUUGUUUUCCUUUAUUAAUUUUUUGCAAGUAACGUUUGCAGGAUAGAUUUAUAAAACAUUUUUAAAUUUUUGUAGCACUUGACAUUAUAUGAACAUGACAGAGAGUUUUUUUUUUAUACUGGCUUGAGGUCGCAUAGAAGAAGGGGAGUGUAUCCGGGAAGGUUAACCAACUAAACGAAAGAGUUAAACGAUACUGACAUCUCUGUUUGAAGUCUUCAAAUCGCACGUAAGAGCCCAGUCAAAGAUGUUUGCAAUUUGAUGGCAGUGUGGUUACAUGGUUAGUAAGUACAAUUUUACAAUUCAUAAAAGCAGAACGAACAUGAAAAUUGGCACUUGCUUCUAAUAUAUCUACCCUUGCAACUACGACGCCACAUCCGUAACUAUGUAGGAUGGCUAUCAGUGUACCUUGCUGAUAUAUUAAACAACUGGAGUCACAACACUCAAAAGUGUAUCAAUUAUUUGUUACUGAAAAUCACUCCAUUAGCCGCAGUGAUCAGGUAUUUUCUCGGGUCUCAGCUGUCACAACCCAGGAGCAAUCUACGUAGCCCACUCGAAGUCAAAGGGUGGGAGUGUUGACAUAGUCUUAAAGUCCGAGAUCGCUAGAAAGAUGGUUUCUAACUAUAAUACAUCAAAGAGCCUCAUAUCUCUAAAAAAGAUGUGUGGUUCAUACAGAAAGUGACCACGUAACAACACAAGGAAGCUGCAUCGAAGAGAGUGAAGCGUAAUUAACAAGACGUCAGGGAGCUAGUUGACAGUUUUUCCUCUAGUUUAUUGAUGAGUAACCCUUUCGUCCAAGAAAUGGGGUCUCUUGUUAACUUUGCUGCUGGCGUAGUACUGACUUCAAAUGUUGCAGAGUGUCCUGUUAGCAGUGAAAAUGGUCGAGAACAGACGAAAUAUUUUGUACACUAAUACUGUAAAUUUUUGGCAUCCUGUCCAAAGCUUGAAGGUAAAGACUUUUAGAGUACCAUGUCCGAGAAAAGUGAAUGUUAAGGCUUCAGAUGACAGGGUUAUAACUGUAUAACGCUGACAGAGUCCUCUUUGGGCGGCUACAUAUUGCUGCUAACACCCUUUGAAGGAAGCUUUGUGCUAUGAGUUGUCCUCAAUUCCAUGCGCACUCGCAGACCAAGAAGGCAGCUUGUGAAAAACUUAUAAGAGUAUUCUAUUAACUACAAUUGAGAAAGAAGUCAACGUCGUUGAACAUUAAGUAAGUUACUUUUUUUAGCGAUUUUUUAACAAAGAAUUAGGAAAUAAAAGAUUAUUCAGACUCCAGCAUCGUUUUCAUGCUGGACUGUAAGGUAAGGUGCAUGGCAUAAAAACGCCGUUUACUUGAAACGGAACUUGAAACUUGUUACCACAAAUCGACCUUACAAAUUAUAAGACAAUAAUCAGGAUGUCUUGUUCUAUCAAAGUCCGGUAUCAAAACUUUUCUCCCCGUGGAUUGAACAAAACGACAAUUUUUCGACAUCGGCUUCUGGACUAUUUGGAGCACUGUGCUUGGAAAAUUUAACCCUCUUCAUUUAUAGUUGUUUAUUCCAGCACAUGUCUCGCGCAGUCUUGUAAAGUCUGUGAGUCUUCCCCAAUCUUUGAUAUGGAAAUGUAAAAAUGAGAUGUUAAUUCCCGUUUUGUUAUUAAAUAUGUCGGUUAGCCCUCCGCAAAAGGUAGCCCAAAAAUGCUAUUCUGCAAGCAAGUUCCUAGUAGCUGUAUGUACAAGGGUAAUUUCCAUGCAUGUCAAAUGGAUUUUGUUGCUCAAAGCUGACACUUUCUGUACAGUGUCGUAUUACGCACAGAUUCUAACUAAAGCUACUGUGACCAGUCAUAUUAACAGUGGCCAGUUUACCACUUUCGACUGGUCGGGCACAAAAGGCUAGCCACUAAGAAAACUGUUUUCAAUCAAAAUUCCAUACUAUCCUACAGAUAGUGGCAUUAGUUUAUACACGGUCCGUUUAUACGUGCUGCGGUUUACAACUGAUUUCAGGCAACUUUAUAGCUAUAGAUUUGCGGGUUCCGUUAUCUUUAUCAUGUGUAUGUAAUGGACUCUAUUUCACUGAACGGCUCUUGGCUAAAAAGCGUAAAAAAACUAUACGAUUCGUUCAUUAAUAACGUCUGGACAAUAAAAGGGCGGACGGGCUCUCAUCAUUGAACCUAUAAUAUAAACAUUAUUUGUCAUAUUUAAACUAGAUUAUGACGAAUGCACCAGUAGCCCGUGUUUGAAUGGUGGGACCUGUGUGAACGGUAACAGAAACUUCACCUGUAUCUGCCCUCGAACACACAAGGGGAGGAAUUGUGAAGGU